AUGCACUUUCUCCAGCUCCUGUUCAGAGCCAGCUCUGCUGCCCUGCUCCUGGUUCUCUGUCUGCAGCUGGGGACCAACAAAGCUCAGGAAAACACCGGUCGAAAAGUGAUAAAAAUGGAGGUACAGAUGCCCCGCAGAGCAAACGCAAGUGAAGAAAUCACUGUGAAGAUGAAUGUUAAAACAGAAUUGCGAGAAUGUAUGGUGAUUACAUCUUACCUCAGAAGCAACAUUACAAUCGAAGGUCCUUUUAACUAUCGUUUCACUGCCUGCCUCUGUAAGAAUGCUCCAAGAAAUUUCUACUGGGACUUUCACAUCAAUGAAACUGCAAAAAUAGUAGCAGUGGCCCAAGUUACUGCACAACUAGGUAUCUGCCCCAACAAUGAGGCAGUGGUGCCCUUGGAACCAAAAUAUAUUUAUACCAUUGGGACCAUAACCGUAGGCUGA